AUGUCGGGAUUUCAGUUUAAUCUCACCGCGCUGAAGGAGCCCCUGGGGUUCAUCAAAGUGCUGGAGUGGUUUUUCUCAAUCUUCUCUUUUGCAACAUGUGGGGGUUACAAGGGAGAAACAAGCCUAUUUGUGACAUGUACAAAUAAGUCAUUAACGGAUAACCAAACGAUGACGGCUCAGUUUGGGUACCCAUUUAGGCUGCAUACUGUUUUAUUUAAAGGAUUUGAUCAGAUCUGUAAGGAGAUAUGGAAACCGUUCUACCUCUCCGGGGAUUAUUCUUCUCCAGCAGAGUUUUAUGUUACCAUUGCUGUAUUGGCUUUCCUUUACUCUAUGGCUGCCCUUGUAUUGUAUCUUGGGUACAGGCAUCUUUAUCAAGACUCUACAAAAGUGCCACUAAUUGAUUUUAUAAUCACAGUCAUUUUUGCCUUUAUGUGGCUUGUGAGUUCCUCUGCAUGGGCUAAAGGAUUGACUGAUGUUAAAUCUGUGACCAACACGGAAAAUAUUGCUAAAUAUUUAUGCAAUCAGACCAGUUAUUAUGUUUGCCAUAGUGAAAUGGAACCACAUAUGGGAUCGCUAAACAUUUCCGUGGCUUUUGGGUUCCUGAACUUGAUUUUGUGGGCAGGCAAUGCAUGGUUUGUCUACAAGGAAACCAAUCUGCACGGUCCACCACCAGCUUCAAACCCUGAACAAGGCCCACCACCUUCAUCAAAGUAA